AUGGAGAAAUAUAUGUUAGAGCCAUUGAUGAAAUCAUCAUCAGGUGGAUCCUCAUUGUUGAUGAGAACUAAGAAUAUUGAUGACCUCCCGGACGUUUUACUGGUUGAAAUUCUGUGCCGCCUUCCCUGCAAUAAACUCAUAUUCCAAUGCAAGCUUGUGUCCAAGCCUUGGUACAACCUCAUAUCUGCUCCUUACUUUGUUCGCCGCUAUCUGUGCCUCCAACGUCAAAUGCAGAAACCUGUUCUUCUAGCAACUCUAGUUCGAUUGAAUGUAGGUAUCCCUGGGAAACCUCUCAUCAUAACGUCGGAUCAUCCGGUCUUCAAAACAGCAGCUUCAAGCAAUUUCACUCUUAAUUUCCUCCCAUGCUAUAGCCAAGCCAAACAAGUAGAAGAACCAGGUUCCUGGGGUGCACCUGUCGUGGUAGGGACUCAUAAUGACUUGGUUUUGUGCUGCGCAACCAAGAACUAUCAACGUGACUACUACCUUUGUAAUCCAUACACCAAACAAUGGGUUUCUCUCCCUCGCACCCCUCAGGUCUACCGCAACGCGCUUGUUGGCUUUGUAUGUGAUCCAUAUUUCAAGUACUACUCCUCAGAUCAUCAUAAUGGGGAAGAAGAAGAACGUAGCACUUCUUUCAUUGUUGAUGCUGAGUACAAAUGGAAGGUUGUGGGGGUAAUAUUGAAUCCAUCAGAUACCAACUUUCGUUUGGAGAUCUUCUCUUCUGAGACCCGUCAAUGGGGAGAGAGAUUUGUAGAAUGUUCUCAGCCAUUUUCUUCAUUUGCCUGUGAUGACUUCUUUGAUAACACCCGGAAACCUAGAUCUUCGUUAGCUUCCGUGGCUUACAAAGGAAUGUUGUACUGGUGGUGCGAGAAGGACCUUAUACUUGAGUUGGAUGUGUCCGAUUCAAACAUACCUAAGUACCGUUUCAUUGAACUCCUUGAGAAUUUUGAAAGUACUGUUGGAUUAGGGGUUCCAGGAGUGGGCGGAGGGCGUUUACAGUUGUGCAUGCAUGAAGAAUAUCUCUCUAGAGAUCACGAUGAGGUUCAGAAGGUAUUUAGAGUUAGAGAGUUGAAACAAGUUGUCAAGGACAGGCAAGGCAAACUCAAAUGGUUAGCCGACCGUGUUACUAUAGUUUCCGAAUCCAAAGAUAUUGAGGUCUACCCUCGACCGUUUACAAACCCAAAUAUAUUAGCUUUCCACCCAAACAAUGAAGACGUCGUGUAUUUGACUACUGAAGCUGGCUGCAAAAUUUUCACGUGCAGCCUUCGUGAAGGAACAUUAAGGGAAAUUUCCAAGCUCGAGGUUUCCAAGCUCGAGGCUCCGAUAAGGGGAUCGAAGAAGACAUUCAGCUACUCGUUUUCUCUCCCAUGGUGGCCAACCCCUGUUCCUAAGACUCUAGAGUAG